CAAGAUUCAGCAACUAGUAAAAAUGUUGAAGAGCAUGCAGCAAAUUUAUAUAAUGUUAGUACUGAGAAUAUAUUUGUAAAAAUAUGGGAUAAUAACCAAGUAUUAGAAGAAGAUGAAGUUAUCUGUUAUUUAUACUAUUCUGAUGAACCAAAAAAUAUUGAUUCUUUGAUUUGGUAG